UUCGGACGCCUCCGCGGCGGCGGCCGGUCCCACAUGUUCCGGUCGCCGUGAACGCUACGGUAGUCUGCGCUCUGUCCGUGAUACGACGUGUUGUGUUAACCCUUAACCUCAAACAUGAAAGAGCAAUACAAAGAGACCGAUGUCUCCCGCAGGAUUUCCCAUGUGUCCUUCGGAGUGGACAGCCGGCACAGGAUGUCGCAACAGGCUCAUAUACACGUAGUAGCGAAAAACUUGUACAAUCAGGAUAGCAACCACACUCCGGUCGCCUAUGGCGUACUCGAUGAACGCAUGGGAACAUGUUCCAACGCGAAGAAAUGCAGCACAUGCGAAGGCAAGCUGAACGACUGCGCGGGACAUUUCGGCUACAUAGAUCUAGAGCUGCCUGUCUUUCACAUCGGCUACUUCAGAUCUAUCAUUAGUAUCUUACAAACAAUUUGCAAGGGUUGCGCUCACGUCAUGUUAUCGGCCGACGACAAGUAUUACUACAGGUGUAAGGUCUUGAAUCCAAAUCUGGGCUACCUGGCCCGCAAAGCGUUGCGCAAGCAGAUCCUGGAGAAGGCGAAGAAGACGACAACGUGUCUGAAUUGCGGUGAUAUAAAUGGUACCGUUAAGAAAGCCGGUAUGCUGAAGAUCGCGCACGAGAAGUACAAGAACAAGAAGAAACAGGAGAGCAUCAUCGCGGAGAAAUUAGUGAAGGAUUACCGCUACGUGGUCGAGCACAACAAAGAGAUAAAAAGCAUUCUGCAGAACAGCGGCUUGGUUUACAUUCUGAAUCCGGUGCAAGUUCGUGAACUGUUUGAGAGGAUUCCGGUGUGUGAUAUUCCGCUGUUGCUGAUGAAUCGUGAAUGUUCAGUACCGCGAGAUUUGAUACUGACCAGGAUCCCUGUGCCGCCGAUCUGCAUCCGACCUAGCGUCGCGUCCGAUCUGAAAUCCGGCACCAACGAGGAUCCCCUAACGAUGAAACUGUCGGAGAUCAUUUUCAUCAAUAACGUUAUCCAGAAGCACAUGCAGAGCGGCGUCAACGUGCAAAUGUAUCACGAGGACUGGGAAUUCCUUCAGCUCCAUUGCGCGCUGUACAUCAACAGCGAGAUGUCCGGGAUACCCCUCAACAUGCAACCGAAAAAGUCGGGCAGAGGUUUGGUGCAGAGACUGAAGGGGAAGCAGGGCCGUUUCCGAGGCAACCUCUCGGGUAAACGCGUUGACUUCUCCAGCCGUACGGUCAUCUCGCCCGACCCGAAUCUCAAGAUAGACCAGGUUGGCGUACCUCUGCACGUAGCGAAGAUCCUUACGUAUCCCGAGAAGGUAACACCGGCGAACAUGCAGUUGAUGCGCCAGUUGAUUCGCAACGGUACGGACGUGCAUCCCGGCGCGAACUUCGUGAUACAUCAGCAGACGCAAAGGAGGAUGUACCUGCCGUACAGCAAUCGGAACAAGGUCCUCCGAGAUCUGAAGUGCGGCGACGUCGUCGAGAGACACCUCCGAGACGACGACAUAGUGCUGUUCAAUCGGCAACCGUCUCUGCACAAGCUGAGUAUCAUGGCGCACAGGGCGAAGAUACUGAAUCACCGGACCUUCCGCUUCAACGAGUGCGUCUGCAAUCCCUACAACGCGGACUUCGACGGCGACGAGAUGAAUCUUCACCUACCUCAGACCGAGGAGGCGCGGGCGGAGGCACUGGUGCUGAUGGGGAACAAAUCCAAUCUGGUGACACCUCGCAACGGCGAGUUGCUGAUCGCGGCUACCCAGGACUUCAUCACCAGCGGUUACCGUUUAACGAGAAAGGACACGUUUCUCACGGAGGCCCAGGCUGUUAUUUUGGCGAAUUGCCUGAUAGCCGGCGCGGACGACGUCACGUACGUGACUCUACCUCCACCUGCGAUCCUAAAACCGCUGAAAUUGUGGACCGGCAAACAGAUAUUCGGUCUGAUAAUGCGACCGAAUACCGAUUGCCCGGUCAAGGCGAAUCUAAAGACAAAGGGCAAGGCGUAUACCACUGGCGAGGAAAUGUGCGUGAAUGAUUCCUACGUCGUCAUUCGCAAUUCCGAGCUGCUGGCAGGCUCAAUGGACAAAGCCACGUUGGGCUCGGGCACGAAGCAGAGUAUAUUCUACAUUUUACUGUGCGACUGGGGCGAGGACAUCGCGACUUUAGCUAUGUGGCGUUUGGCCAAGCUGGCGAGCUGCUUUCUCACGAACGGGGGAUUCUCCAUCGGUAUGGUCGACGUCACGCCUGGUCACGGUCUGCUCGAGGCUAAGCAAAACCUGUUGGACGUUGGUUACGCCAAGUGCACCGAAUAUAUUCGGCAAAUGGAAGAGGGUCGGCUGGUCUGCCAGCCUGGAUGCACGGAGGAGGAAACGAUGGAAGUGAAGAUACUGAAGGAACUUUCGGCGAUUCGUGAUCACGGUGGUAAGGCGUGCUUGAAGGAGCUCCCGCCCAGCAACAGCCCCUUGACCAUGGCCAUUUCCGGGAGCAAGGGCAGUUUCAUCAACAUCUCGCAAAUGAUAGCCUGCGUAGGUCAGCAAGCUAUCAGUGGGAAGAGAGUGCCGGACGGAUUCCACGGUCGCUCGUUGCCUCAUUACGACAGGGGUUUGAAAACACCGUCCGCCAAGGGCUUCGUAGGGAAUUCGUUUUACUCCGGUAUGAUCGGCUCCGAGUUCUUCUUCCACACCACCGGCGGUAGGGAGGGUCUCGUGGACACCGCCGUGAAGACCGCCGAGACCGGCUACAUGCAGAGGCGGCUGGUCAAGAGCUUGGAGGAUUUGUGUCUUCACUACGACAUGACGGUGCGAAAUUCCAUGGGCGACAUCGUGCAGUUCAGGUACGGCGGGGACGGUUUGGAUCCGACUUACAUAGAGGGCAAGCAUCACUGUGAGCUUUGCAAACGCGUCAACUCGCCUUGUUACAAUCCCAAGAACAAAGACUCGCCGCUGGACUAUCAGCGGGUGUUGGAUCAUGUGAAGGCGAAGUCGCCGCACAAGGAGGAGGAACCUCUGAACGGCACUGAGCUAACCAGCCUCACGUCCGAGUGGUUUUCCGACUCGGGUCGAUUCGAGGAUACCGAGGCCGAGGUGAGGGAGGAUUUGAGAUGCUUCCUGGAAUGGCUGGGGGUGAGGAUCAAGCGUCACCGGCAGAACAUGCUGUCGCAUUCGCCGGUGAUGCUGCAGCUGCACCGUCUCACCGUCUCACAGCUGGUGGAGUUCGUGGAGACGUGCAACGCGAAGUACAUAAAAGCGCUGACGGAGCCGGGUACGGCGGUGGGCGCGAUCGCCGCGCAGAGUAUCGGCGAGCCCGGCACUCAGAUGACCCUGAAGACCUUCCACUUCGCCGGAGUGGCGUCCAUGAACAUCACGCAGGGUGUGCCGCGCAUCAAGGAGAUCAUCAACGCCAGCACGAAGAUCAGCACGCCCGUUAUAACGGCGCCGUUGAUGAUCGACACGGAUUCCGAUAUCGCAAUGCGAGUGAAAGGACGAAUCGAGAAGACAAUCUUGAAAGACGUCGUGGAAUAUAUCGAGGAGAUGUGCCUGCACGACGAUCACCUUCUUCUGAUAAAAUUGGACCUCGAACUGAUUAAAGCGUCGAAGUUGGAGGUGGACGCUAACUCGAUAUGUUACUCGAUCUGCACGUCGAAGCUGCACUUGACCGCGAAAAACGUGCAGACGAAUGGCGACUCCAUCAUCACUAUUCGGCCGAAUAAGCAGAAAUCAAACAACGGACUUACGCAGCUGAAGGAGAGCCUUCCGAAUGUCAUAAUCAAGGGCUUGUCAUCGGUCAAUCGGGUGGUCAUAGAUAAUUAUGAAGACGCCAGUGGGAAAACGAAAUACAAAUUAUUCGUCGAAGGAGAUAACUUGAGGGAAGUCAUGGCGACGAGCGGCAUUCUCAGCAGGAAGACCACGUCGAACAAUACCAUGGAGGUCUACAAGGCACUCGGAAUAGAAGCGGCGAGAGCAACCAUCAUGACGGAGAUCGAGUCGGUGAUGGAGAAUCACGCGAUAAGCAUCGAUCGUCGACAUCUGAUGCUCGUGGCGGAUUUAAUGACAAGCAGGGGAGAAGUGCUCGGUAUUACCAGGCAAGGCUUGGCGAAGAUGAAGGAGUCAGUCUUGAACCUGGCAUCGUUCGAAAAGACUGCGGAUCAUCUAUUUGAUGCUGCUUAUUACGGCCAAAGCGACACCAUUUGCGGCGUAUCGGAAUCGAUUAUUAUGGGCAUUCCGAUACCAGUGGGCACAGGACUCUUCACACUACUUCACAAGGCGGACAAGGACGAGCCGCGGAAGAAGGAACUCCUGUUCGACGACCCGCAGUUUCACAAGAAAACCACGAGCGCGAAGAGUUUUCUAAAUUAGUUCCAUUGUAAAUGUUAGGUACUUUAUAAUAAUGAAUUUAAUAGACCAAGGAUACUUAGAUUUUUUUAAUAUGUAACAAAAGGAAACAUUUAUUCGGACGAGACAAAUUCUGCCGCGCAAGAUCAAUGUAUAUUACACACACACACACGCACACACACACAACACACACACACACACAAAACACUUUAAAUAUAGUUAUUUUUAUGACGAAAUAUGGUUUAUGACUUCAUGCGUAGAAAUGCGUAGAAUUGCACGAUGUAUGUGCAAUAAUCUCUCUCUCUCUCUCUCUCGUUGAAAGCGAAGCGCUCGUGCAACGUGAACGACGGUGACAUUGGACAUUUCGGUUGCCUGGAGACGGCGUACUGUUUGGCCUACUAAAUCCGUCGUCUCCGUGUCAACAAUCUCUCCGUAUUAAUCCAUCCGACGGAAAU